GCUGUGGUCUUUAUUUACGCGUCAUAAAAAGAAGUGUAUUUUCUUUUUGUUGAAAAUUUGUUUUCAUAAAAAUAAUUGCAAGGAAAUAAUAACGCAAGUGUAAAUGGUUAGUUAACGUUCGUUGAGGAAAAGUACAAUAAAUCAGUUAUUAUCAAUUGAAGAACCUGUAAAAAUUAAUGAAAGUGGGACACACAGCUGCACCAAUACUAAAAAGGAAAUGCUAUGAUGAGAAAAACGUGAAAAAGGAGAAAACCUGCCAAGCAAAUAAAUUCGAUACUGUAUCCUGAAAAAAGUAAUCUUCACGUAAACAAGCUGUUAAAAGUUGUUCAUCAAUACAAAGGUAUUAUAAACUAGCUAGCAAAGAAAUUUUUGAAAAGGAUUUCCAUGUUUAUAUUCAUGUCAUAAGCUUGUCAAGUCGUAUGGAUAAUAACCAAAUUAUUGCGUAAUGAUGGUGUAUUUGCACCGGUAGAUAUUAUCGUUUCAACACCAGAAAGCCCGCCGUAAUUGGUAAAAAGUAAGGACAUCCGUCCAGGAGUACUGGGCACAAUACGUUGGGAAAAAUCAAAGUUAUUCACACUUAAGCAAUGAGUGUUACAAACCGAAGGAAAUCGACGGAUUCGGAAACAAAUUCUGCAGCUCGCGCAACAAACGACGAUCAACGCCAUCAACAAUUGUUAUCUUAUAUAAGUUGCAGACAAGCAGCUACUGCUUCGAAAAGAAAUAAUAGAUCAGGCAUUGAAGAAGACCAAGAGCAAUUAGUGACUUCGACUUCAACGGAUAUUUUAUUACCUUUGCAGGCUGAAGGUGAAGGAGAAGAAGUAUCCAUUGAUUUGGAAACAGUGGUUACGUCUUCAGUGCGAAUUAGCAGUACCUCGAACAAUUAUGGUAAUAUAGCAGACUCUUUAGAGGAAUUAAAUUUGCCAUCGACAUCUGGCAAUGCAAGAGCAGAAACCCAAUUUUCAUCUUUAAAUCGUGUAAAUGCUAAGAUCAUUAACCACCGAUCAAUGAGACCUCUAUCCAAUGAAAUGGGAACCAAUGAUAGUAACGUGAGAGUCGUAAAUGACACAUUGGUCAGAGUCUCUAACCGUAGUCCUACAGACGGCAAUGCUGGUUUAAAUGAUCGUGAUGAUCAAUCAACUUCUUCAAAUAAUAAUGUUGUGGGUUCCUUAUCCCAUGGUGAUAAAAAUAAAAUCAAACUUAAACUGCCAAAACUGACAGCUAGCGAAUCUCACGAUACUGCAUCAAAUGAUGAAGAUAUACGCAAAGUGGAACCCCUAAAAAUAAAUUUACUAAGCACGCAGCAUCACAGCACUAAUAAUGCUCAUCACACCCCUAAAAUAAUUUUUAAACCAAUUAUGAAGGAACCCGCCAAUGAAGUUUUAAUAUCGUCCGAAGAAUGUUCCUCAUCAGCUGAGGAUGAAAUAGUUUCUAACAUAAACAUUAGUGAUCCCCACAUUUUACCGAAGUUAACCAUUCGAUCAAAAAAUGAGGACAAUGGUUCCUCACAUACAACGGUGGUUCCAAAGCUAACUAUCAAAAUCAACGACACGACCUCGAUUGAAACUCAAAAUUCAACAUCGGCUGCUAACACACCACCAUUACCAAAGUUAACCAUUAAGACAGGAACAGACGGUCACACCGAAUCUAUUAUUUCGAAUAUUUCUCCUGCUUCAUCGACAACAUCAGCAUCUUCAUCAGUGGGCUCGUCGUCCUUAACGUCCCCAGCUGUUCCUAGUUCACCUGCAGUAUCAACAACAUUAACUUUACCAAAAUUUACUAUAAAGCCCCUGCCAAAAGCAAAUGAGCAACCUUCUAUACCCAAAUUUUGUAUAAAGACUAAUAUGCUGUGUACGGAAAUGUCAGAGGAUUCAGCACUUUCAAAAAUACCCAAAUUGACUAUAAAAACUGGACAGGAACAUGCAGUUAUUAUUACACAACGAAAUGAUCACAUGAAUGCGGCUGGAAUACCAAAGCUGACAAUAAAAACGAAGUCCUUGGAUAUUCCAGAUGAUACAAGCGCAGACACUGGCAGUGCUGUUAUGGAAAAAAUUCCUAAACUUACAAUAAAAACCAAUAUGCCAAAUGAAACAUUAAAGUCCAAUAAAAUAAAAGGUACUCCAGAAGCAUCGCCUGACAAUAUUAUUUUGGAAUCACCUAAGCAACAGGCUGUGCCUAAGAUAACAAUAAGCAGACAAUCGCUUCAAAUGGAUAAGCAGUUUGAUAAUAGAGAAGGUGUGACGAAAAUGACAAUAAAGUCACUUAAUCAUUCAGACUUUUCAAUAAAAUAUCCAUUGAAUCGACCGUCCUCAACUGAAGAAAGUGGUAUCAGCGAUGAUGCAGAGCAGGAAGAUUAUGAAACAGAACAUAAUAAAACUGUACCAAAACUAACUAUAAAAAAUUUGGGAUCACCUCAGCUCAAAAUUGUGGCCGAUGCACAAUCAGAUUUAAAUAAAAAUGCUAACCCCUCAAUUGCUACUGCUGAAGUAGACGAUUUUAGUGAUCUUUUGAAUGUUGAAAACGUUGGUGAAGAGUCAAGUAACUCCCAAGAGUUUUGUGGGUUUAAUGACCAACUUGUCAAUGACUGUUCCGCUCACAUUGCCAUGGCUAACGAAAGAUCUACUAACAUACAUCGUAAUUCCGAUGAUAUGGAUAUUGAUGAGAGUCUUAAAAUGCAACAUGAACCACAAAUUUUCCAAAACGCCUCCCAUAUGAAAGAUAAGCCGCCGUCUACCACACAUGAAGCGGAAUGCAACGGCGGCGGGACAUUAAAUGAAUAUCCUAAAACUGAAAAUAUUAUCGAUACUGUGGAUUUAACUUCUUCUGCAGGGAGUUCGCCAGCUCAACUUAGUCAAUUUGAUUACAAUGACGAUGAAGAAGAAAGAAAAUCUACUGCUUUAUGUAACGACGUAGUGCCUUCAACAAGCAUUUUGAUGGAGCGACUGCAAAGAGAAACAUCAGUUAUAAAAAAAGUUAUUGCUGAAGGCAGUCCAAUGGACAAUACCCCAACACUACCUAUGGCAAAUCCUGCGAACAAUUCAUCAACUUCACUUAAAUACCCUCAGUUAACGGAACGGCUACUUACUAAUGGAUCGACGCUCGAUAAUUUAGCCACGAGUCUUACACAAUCUAAUAGCAACAGCGAGGAGAAUAUUAUUGAUUCUAUAGAAAUCCUCGAUUCUCCUGAAUGCAGCUCUCAAAAUUCGUCUGACGCCCAAUUUGAUAAUACCUGUUCUACUAAUGUCAACAAGGAAACUCAAAAUGGGUUGCGUUACACAAAAGAGGCUCACCUUCUUGCCAUGAAUAACAACAAUGUAAGCUUGAAAAGACAGGCGUCUCUUGAUAGUGAAAAUUCAAAUCAAUUUAAUAUAAAUGUAGGCAAUGGGCUAAAAGAACUGCCCUCUAAAUUGAGAAAAUUAGAAAAUGACAAUUACAACACAGGCAAAACAGUCAGUGAAAGUAACUCUACACAUAGAGAAAACUUCGAUGAAAAUUUCGAGCAGGAUACGUCCACCCCUGUGUUAGAAAAUAAUCCAUUAAAUAUUUCAACUAUUUCACAAACUGGACUUCCUAUCCAUCAGCGGUUGCGAAAGCAAAAACAUGAACAUUUACUACCCAUUCCAGCAGACGAAGUUGGCAACACAAUACAAUCUAACUCUGAAGAUGAUGUUCAGUGCCAGAAUGAUAAUUCGACACCUAUUAUUAAGAAAAGAGGUCGACCAAAAAAAUCAGAUGUUGCUGCGAUUCCGUCAAAAACCAAAGAAGAAACAACCACAAAUGUAACGGCAAAUGCUGUUGACAAUAAAUCACGAAGAGUUCAAUUGUUACGAAAGCGAUUAGCAAUAGAUAUGGUAGACGCCGAGCAACCAAUAGUAGCCACUGCUCUAGUUGAUUCUGUUAAAGAUGGCGAGGGUGUAAUCGAACAUCAAAAUAAUGUGGAUGCUGCAAAGCGUGAAAGAAAUUUAAGAACGCCUUUGAGAACUUCAAGAAGAAGUAAUACACCAAAUACCCUCCAAAUUGAAUCCCGACACGCCACCGGGAAGCUAAUAGCCCCUCUUGAUGGCAGGAGAGCGGUAAAAGAAAUCGAAACCGAAAGUGACUUUAACCAUUUUCUAGAGUCAAAUUCAUCAGUAUCAUCUGUUAGCUCUCACACUUCGUCCACAGCAAACGUCAACACAACAACUAUCUUAAAUAGUGCAAGCACCUCUAUGCCUUCACAAAUCGAUUUGACAAUGUCCUCUUCUUCAAGUAGUAGCAAUGGUAGUACAACGAACACAAUAACAACAGUCGAGGCAACUUCCAUGCUUCCUCCCACAACGAUAUUAUCGUCUGAUCCUCUGCCGGAUGUUGUGUUUCAGCCUAAUGAUUUUUCUUCAAUGAUGGCAACCCAACAACUGAACGAAUCGUCUCUUUCUGUACACACGAAAUCACGAUUUGAAGAAUCGCAAAAUGAAGAAGUACAAGGUGAAUUUAGCGGUGCAGACAAUUCAGAAGACGAUUCCACAAGUUCAUCUACUACUUUAUGCCGAGGUAGAGGUCGUCUUCGGGGAGUACGAGGCGGACGUACUCCUGGACGAGGUAAUCGUCCUCAUAAUUUGGGUCGGGGUUCCACCGGAACGGCAAAAUCAAUAGCUAUGAAUAGGCCGCGAUGUGUAGGUGCCCUAAAGCACACGCCAGACCCAGAGAGGAUAAAAGGAUUGUAUAGUCCGGCACCCCAAGUAUUCGAAGAGGAUACCAGAAUGAGCGCUGAUUUAUCACAUUCUAGCAUGCAGCCACAGUCUUCGCCACUGCAUACAAGCCAACCGGAUUUUUAUACUAAUGAAGAAUCCCAAUCCUCUGUGAUAAGUAAUAACAGUAUCUUGGAUUCAAACAUUUCUUUUUCAUCGCAAAGUGCUUCUACUGCUAGGAAACCCAUGAAAAAAAAGAAAAUGGAAGUGUGUGUUGCAGAAGAUGCGGAGUUUACGGUUGCCUCUAUAGCUGAAUAUGAUUGGCCACCACCAAAGGGCUGUUGUCCAUCAAAAAAUCGUGACACUUUUAUGAUUCAGGAACAAGUUGCCAUGUACUUGGGCAUAAAAAGCUUCAAACGGAAAUAUCCCGAAUUGCCUCGGCGUCAAAUAGACAUGGAGGAGCGAAAUUGGCUGCAAGAAAAAGGUCUGGUAACUGAAAAAAUGUGCGAUUUGGGUAUAACAGCUGUAUGGGCAUCCGAUAUUUUGGACAUUAUGUAUACCGACUUUUAUGAUAAAUAUGAAGAGUAUAAGGAUUUCGUGAGACAAAAACAUUUGCGAGAAAUAGAAGCUAAGCAAAAGUCCUUGGGUCUCAAUGUAGCUGGAAGGGGCUUACAAGCACGUGAAAGAGCGUUAUUAUCUACCAGUAAAUGGAACUCAUAUUUCAACCGAACUCGCAAAGAUGAACGUUUGUCUUUCCUCGAUUUACAAACGUUAGUGGUUAAUAAACCCUGCCCACGCACUGCUCCGAUUUCGACAGUAAUUAAUCGGCCGGUUGCGGAUGCUGUAGCAUUAGCUGCUAAAGCUGAGAACAUUGCGGAACCUCCUACUCUUCUGCAGCCACGUAUUUGUGAACCUCGAAAACCAAGGGAUUCUCAUUACCCACUAUCUCUGGUUCCUGGCCAAUUUUGUGAGAAGUAUUACAAUUACUCAGCACUGGAACUAAGGAAAGUACCACUAAACACAAUUUUGGAACUUCCAUUUAAACUCUGGCAAGAUAAUGGGCAGGAAAAUAACAGCUCUGAUACGGACUCCGCAACCGAAAGUGUUGAUAAUAAAGUUGACCUGGUGGAAUCAAGAACAUUGUCAACAAAACGGCAAAACAAACGAUGUGCACGUCUAAAUCGUCCUUAUGAAAAUAGUUUUGCCGAAUUUAAAAUACCACCAAUACCAGGUACUUCGGCAUCGACAAGGAACUCUAGUGGUUCAUCUUCGUCAGAUGAAUCAUCCUCAGAAAGUGAUUCCGAUUCUUCUUGUUCAUCAUCGUCAUUGUCGUCAGAAGAUGUUUCGGAUGAAGAGGAUUCCCCGGCUAUCUGUGCGGUUUGUUUGCGCCCGCAUAAUCGCAAUCUGAAUGACAUGCCAGAAUUGUUUGUGCAAUGCUAUACAUGCCGACGGAAAGUUCACCCUAGCUGUAUUGAGAUGCCGCGGCGGAUGACACUCCGUGUUCGCAAUUACAAUUGGCAAUGUGCUGAUUGUAAGUGCUGCAUUAAAUGCAAACAAAAACAGGAUGGAAAUAAAAUGUUAUAUUGUGAACAAUGCGAUCGUGGUUUUCACAUAUAUUGCCUUGGAAUAAAGGCGGUGCCUGAAGGUCGUUGGAGUUGCAAUCGUUGCAGUAUUUGUAUGAGAUGUGGGGCAACCACGCCGGAAGGCAUACCAUCCUAUAAUCAGUUGUUGAACUCUCCAAGUGGAGAUCAAGGUAAACAGCAUCGCCAUAAAAGGCUCAAAUGGGUCAAUGAAUAUCGCGUGGAUCCGAUUACAAAGGUUAAAGAACAUACAUCUAUGCUGUGUGUUCCGUGCGCCAAAAUGAAAGCGACAAAGAGAAACCAAGCAUCAUUUCACAACAUUUCAAAUGGACUUGCUCUUUCUCCAGGUGCGCGCGGUAGUGAUCCAAGUAGUUCACCUGGUGUAGUAUCUUCGAUGACACCAACAUUGAGUGCAGAUGCAGCGUACACGGAAACCACAACGGAAGACACUGCGAGUAGCAUUGGGUCGAACGUGAAACCAAGUGAGGAGUUAAGUUGUUCAGAGAAAAGUGAAAGCGGUAUGCUUUUGACAAACUCUAAAAAUGCCCCUCCGCCAGUAGUUGCCUGAGUGGGGGUUAUACGGUGGCAUUUUCCCAAGCCGCAGCCACCGAAGCAAUCACCUUGUUCUUCAACGAAUUUAUAACAGACUAGUUCUAAUGAGGAAGAACUUCGAAAAGAGCGCAGGUUGGGCAACAGAAUAUAGUUUUUACUUUAAUAUAUUUAUGUAUUUUUUAUUUUAUGCGAAUUAAAAAUGGAAAAGUGCAUUUAUAAACAUUACCAAUUGGUUUGUUUUGUGGAAAAGAAAGUAUAUAUGUAAAUUCAGAACAUGUUUUUGACUGAUCUGUACGAAUAAUUUUUCUGAUCCCCAAAAUUGUAUAUUAAGUCACACAAAUUACUUUUAAUAAAAUAUGAUAGUCCUUUCUAACAAA